AUGGCUACAUCAGUUCAAAAACCGCGACAAAGGAGACAACUCAGAGUUCGAUCGUUUCGAGCCUGCGUGACAUGUCAUUCGAGAAAGGUUCGAUGUGAUGCUCUGAGCAAAGGGAUUCCUUGCACCAACUGCGCUGCAUUUAAUAUCAGGUGUCAAGUUCCAGGCAUAGAGGAACCUCUGGUGAGCACUCUGACCAGCCGCGGAAAAGGGGGGCAGAAGAUCGCACAGAGAGAUUCCUCAAGCACCCUCACCAGUACGCCAGCCUCAAGUACUCAGGCGUAUCAAACAAGUCCCCGGCAAGAUGGAGUUGCGUCACUAACCAAAUUCAAUGUUCUGCCUAUCACAUCGGCAGGCCAUGUUCUUUACAUUGGCGAGUCUGCAGGCUUUGACCUCCUUCUUCGUGGAACCCAAAGCCCCGUACAUUUCCCCAUGCCUCAGGAUACACAUGUGCUGUCAAUUCCUGCUGGACUGGACCCUCUCGAGAUACAGAUCCUGAAGCGAAGAGGGGCCUUUGUACUACCUCCGAAAGCGCUUUGUGACGACUUGAUAAAGACCUACUUUUCUUGGGUUCACCCGAUUGUACCUGUUAUUAACCGUACAAAAUUCAUGUCACAAUAUCGAGAUGCCAGGAAUCCUCCCUCGAUGCUCCUUCUUCAGUGUAUCUUACUGGCCGGUGCCCGAAUUAGCACAAACUCGCAGUUGAAAGUUGACGGAUCAACUUCAACUGCCGUUGCAACAUUUUAUCGACGCGCAAAAGCCCUUUAUGAUGCCGACUAUGAGCGCGAUCGAAUAAUCUUGGUUCAAUCAAUGCUCUUGAUGGGGUGGUACUGGGUUGGCCCUGAUGACAUAUCCAAGAACAUGUUUUAUUGGAGUCAAUCCGCAAUCACUGUUGCUCAGAAUUUCGGUCUCCAUCGCAGCAUGGAAGACUCGAGACUGUCAAUAAGUGACAAGAGGCUGCGUAGGCGGAUUUGGUGGACGCUAUUCACUCGAGAUCGCGCUUUAGCUGUUGGCCUGGGACAAUCAGUAUCCAUCAAUCUCGAUGAUUGCGAUGUCGACCUGAUAGUCGACGAUGACUUCAUCGAGCAUGAUGGGAAUGAUAUCGACGAAUACCCGCCCGAUCCUAUUCACGUGGAUUUUUUCGUCCAGUACGUGAAGCUGUGUAAGCUGAUAGGGCUUGUCGCAUCGAAAUAUUCCAAGUUAUCCAGACAUGGUCAAGACUGCAACGACAUCAACUCGAUUAGUGCAGCCUUUUCCAAAUGGAACCAGGAGUGCCCUAUUACCAUGCGCUGGGAGAGAUCGAAGCACCAUUUUUGGUCUGGAAUACUAUACCUGCACUACUUUAGCGCUCGUUGUCUGCUGCAUCGCGCAAGCUCCCCUCGCAACAGAAAGACUUUGCAAGACACAAAACAAUCUUAUGGAUCACCAGAUGGGGCUGUUCGCGCAGCAAAUAUGAUUACCUCGAUUAUUGAAGCCCUCAGCGACAGACAACAGCUACGUCGCUGUCCUCCAUUCAUCGUCCACAGCCUCUUUUCAGCAAUUCUCAUACAUUUACACGUGUCAAACACGCCGUCUCCGUCUAUCAGUAGACUCGCCCACCGACGACUCAGCACCUGCUUAGAAGCCAUCAAAGAUUUGGCACAAGUGUGGGUGGUGGGAAGAACAGUGCUGACAAUGAUUGAAAAGAUUUCAGGUCUCAGCACUGAGGAGAAGCCGUCGCGAUCUAACCAUGGCUCCCGCUCCCCUCUGAAGGGCGAAGUCUUUGUCGACCUUGGAUGUGCUGAUACUUCAGAUCCGGCUUGCAGCCCCAAUAAUGGAAGGCUGCCUACAGAGGUUAAAGAUAGCACUCAAAGACCCCAAGAUUUUCCAAAUUGUGACGAAACACUGCCUUAUUGCGACGAAUAUACCCCAGUAGUCAUAGGCUUCAGUGAAGCGAAUCCCACCAUUCACGACUAUCCUCCACACUCCAACCUCGGUGGCCCUCACCCGCAAAUUGGCUAUAGUAACCUACUCCCCGAUGCAACUGUGCUCUCGGGAUCCAUGCCUGACACAUUCUAUGUUGAGGACACAGCCCGAGUCUGCAACCCAAUGGCAGACAUAACAGCCUUUACAUGGGAUCAGUUUCAGAUAGGUUGGCAACAAGACUACAGUAUUUCAGUGCCUUGGAGUCUGGAGCUUGAUCUUCAAAGCCUAACAGCACCAACAAUAGAUACGAUUUAUCCAGAGUCGGGAUCUUUUAUAGAAACUGGUAAUUAA